GCGAGGCGUGCGUUCGGGUACGUGCUUGAGGUCGUGUGCAUGUGCUGGAAGUUGUCAUAAGAAGGGUUUUUGUUAAGUAUCAGUGGCAUUGAUGUGACAUGUUGGAUGGAUCAGAGGAUAACAUCUGGCGAAUAACCCCCGCGACGCUGCAGCAUGCGGAGCGCCGCCCGUGUUGGCGCGGCCCUCUGUAGCGUCUCCGCAUGGCGCCCCGGCGGCGCCGGCCCUGCCACAGCCUGCUGCUGGGACUGCUGUCCGGCGCGGCGUGCGGCGUGCUGCUGGCGUGGCUGGUGCUGCGCCCGCGGGCCGCCUGCCCCGCCGCCCCCUCGCCCCCGCCUCCUCCUCCCCUGCCCCCGCCGCAGCCACGCUCUAGCCCCCAGCGCGAGCUCGUGCUGGUCGGCGUGAUGACGGCGCAGAAGUACCUGCGCACGCGCGCCGUCGCCGUGCGCGACACGUGGGGCCGCGAGCUGGCCGGCCGCGUGCUCUUCUUCUCGUCGUGGGGGUCGCGCGCUCCCCCCGGCCUGCCGCUCGUCGCGCUGCCCGGCGUCGACGACUCCUACCCGCCGCAGAAGAAGUCCUUCCUCAUGCUGAAGCACAUGUGGGAGCACUACGGCGACCGCUACGAGUGGUUCGUGCGCGCCGACGACGACGUGUACGUGCGGCCCGACCGGCUGGAGCGGCUGCUGCGCUCCGUCGACAGCCGCAAGCCGCUCUUCAUAGGGCAGGCCGGGCGCGGCAACCAGGAGGAGUUCGGCCUGCUGAGCCUGGAGUACGACGAGAACUUCUGCAUGGGCGGGCCUGGCGUGAUCCUGAGCCGCGAGACGCUGGCGCGCGUGGUGCCGCACAUCCGCCGCUGCCUGCGCAACCUGUACACGGCGCACGAGGACGUGGAGCUGGGCCGCUGCGUGCGGCGCUUCGCCGGCGUGCCCUGCACCUGGUCUUACGAGAUGCAGACCAUCCUGUACCACAACUCGAGCGGGCACGCGGCCUUCACCGGCAGCCUCAAGAAGAAGGAGGUCCACCACGCCAUCACCCUGCACCCGGUCAAGCACCACGCGCAGAUGUACCGCAUCCACAACUACAUGAAGGGACUGAAGAUACAGGAGCUGCAGCGCCAGGCCUCGCUGCUGCGGCGGCAGAUCGCAGCGCGCGCCGCCGACCUGGGGGAGGCGCGGCCCGAGCCCCACUCGCAGGAGGCCAUCCUCAGUGCAGAGCCAGGCCUCAACAAGUUCUGGCCUCGUGCCGAAGAGGAUGUGCUCAGCUGGGAUUUCAUCUCUCGCUCCAUCUUCUCAGCAAGAAACACGAACCCUCGCCGUCGACUGGAGACCCCGAUGAGGGAAGGCCUCGAAGAUGUCACCAGAGAGGUGAUGGACAUGAUCAACUUGUACUCAAAGCAGCGCGGGCGGGUGAUUGAGUUCCGCGAGGUCCUGUACGGCUACCACCGGCUGGACCCGGUGCACGGCUCGGACUACAUCCUCGACCUGCUGCUGGUGUACAAGAAGUACCGCGGCCGCAAGAUGACGGUGCCGGUGCGCCGCCACAUCUAUGUGCAGCGACCGUUCACAGGUGUGGAGAUCCGUGAGACGGUGGACGGGGCGGGAGUGGAGCGCCUGCCGGCAUCGCGGUUCUGGGAGGACGAAGGGGACACCACCCAGCGCACCGUCGGGGCCUCGCGGGACGUGUUCGAGAGCGGCCUGCUGCGCAUCGGAGAGUCCCUGCCAUCCUUCCUGGGAGCCGGCGGUCUCGGCCAUCCACCCAGGGAUGCUGUGCACAACAAACUCAUUAACUUCAUCCUCCCGUUGUCCGGGCGAGCUGAUGCGUUCCAGCGUUUUGUGCGGGUGUUCGAGGAAGUCUGUCUGCAGCAGAACGAGCGCGUGUCACUCAUUGUGAUACUCUAUCCCAGCGACACCGAACCAACCAGCUUCAACCAGAGCGCCAACAUUGUGCGUCACUUGCAGCGACAAUACCCGCAACAUCGUGUGGUGCUGGUGCAAGCGUAUGAAACAUUUGCUCGAGCAAAAGCCCUCGAAGUUGGUUCUUCUCAAGUCACAGAUGACAAGGAAGACCUUCUGUUCUUCAUAGAUGUUGACAUGGUGUUUACUUCAGGGGUUUUGGAUACAGUUCGUCUCAACACUGUCAAAGGCAAGCGGGCUUAUUUUCCUAUAGUGUACAGCGAGUUUGAUCCAGCGAUGGUUUAUGACGGCAACGAGCAUUCUACAUCGCGUGAUCAUUUUUCGAUCGACGAGAAUACGGGGUACUGGAGGCAGUUUGGGUUUGGAAUUGCUAGUAUUUAUAGAAGUGACUUUCGAAUGGUGGGAGGUUUUGACACGUCUAUACAUGGCUGGGGGAAAGAGGACGUUGACUUAUAUGAGAAGGUUGUUUCUGCGAAAAACAAUUUGACUGUGUUCAGGGCUGUGGACCCAUCUCUAGUACAUGUGUUCCAUCAGGUGGACUGUGACCCUCAUUUGGUAGAAGAGCAGCUACGCAUGUGCCUCGGAUCUCGUUACGACACGUUCGGAAGCACACAAACACUUGCCAGAUAUAUUUACAACCACGAUGAAAUUCUUAAAUUUGCCCGUAAGCGUAGGCAAGGCUCAUAAUAUCAAUUUGUUACCAAGCUUUUGGCUCUAAUAUAGUAGACAGUGAGUGGAACAAUGACAAUAAAUUAUUCUCAACGUUUUUAUUUUUUUAACAAUGUUGCGGAAAUUGUAAAUGAUUAUAGCUGCUAUUGCAGUGAGCUGUUGUAGGGUAAAUUGUGUUAUUUUACACAUACUAUAAACAUUUUGCAUGUUAAGUUCAAAUAAAAUGUAAAAAAACAUCA